CCCUUAUUGAUUGUUACUAUUGGAACCGGAGAACUCGUCUUCUACAAAUACAUAUUAGAUAUAUUAUCGGACUGACCGAUUAUAAUAUAAUCCGAAACAAAAUGAAAGCUGCUUUGAUAUUCGACAGUGUAAACAAUUUGUUGUUUUAUAAAUGGGAUGAAUUAUUUAUACAGCGUCUGAAAUCUUUAAACGAACAGGAUACUGAAUGUCUUACGGAUAGCCACAUUGUGUCGCAGCUUUUGUCUCCAAUUAUAACUUCCCAAAGAGUUAUGGCUGCUCAAUUUGGAAAUACAUAUUCUUCCAUGCAAUGCAAAGACAAUACAACUAUUGUAUUUGACGAGUGGUUAGAUCAUGUUUUCAUGAUUAUCUGCGAAGAUAGUGUGGAUGAAGCUCAUAGAGAGUUAAUGGAUUGCAAGACUUUUUUGCAACACAUAUGUGGACAAAACAUCAAUCUUCUUCAAUCGCCAGUGUAUCAAGACUGGUUGUCAGUGCUGUUAGAGAGCCGAACUAAAGGAGAUUCUAUCGCCGGUGCCAUUGGUCUCAUAGGUGAGAGUGGCGCUUCCACAGCCGCGCUCAACGCUUUAAAAGCAACUGCUAAGGACAUCAAGACGUCGCCGUAUCAACACUAUCAUCUGAUGCUUAUUGUUGGCGACAAAAUCUUAGCACUUUAUUCGAGUCGUGGCAGUGAAGAUUUGACGCCGCCAGAUCUUAAACUGUUAAGUAUUCAGUGUAUUGCUGCUCAAGAGUACUGGAAAGAUACUGAAGAAUCCAAUAGCAGGUUGCCUUGGCUGUCGUGCGAGAACAGCGCGGUGGUGGAGCUGCUGGGCGCGGCGGGCGGGGCGCCGUGCGCGCCGCACUCGCUGCACGUGGCCGAGCUCGCGCCCAGGGUCACCUUCGCGAUGCUUAUCGAUAUGGACUUGAGGGAAAUUGGAGUUUCUACUUAUAUGUCCAGUCAAAUCCUUUCGAAUCUACGCAGGCUUUUGCUCCAAAGAAAUCUGGAAAUGCUUCCAAGUACUUUGGACGCUCUGGAGGCUUCAUUGAAAAAGACAACCGACGCGCUUCGCAAAAACAAAGCGAACACUGCUCUAUGCGCGCGCGUCACUUCACGAAUGCUAGAACUGCGCAAGUCGUGCACCACCACCACGCCCCUCACUCCCGAAACCACCGCCACAGCGAUGCACACCGCAUUAGAAGCUGUCAUAGAACAACUAAAGCCGGAUAUACCUAGUAUUAAGUUGACACAACCGCUGAAGGGCCUCGCUGCAGCUAUGGACCCGUACGUGGAUUUCCUCCGAGUGAAAGCGAUGAGAUACUUCAGCCUGGGAUCGGGCGACACAGACGUGAGUUCCCUAACGCUGCACAAGUAUGUGGAGGAGUUCCCGGGGCUCGUGCACUUCAUACACGUGGACCGCACGGCGGGCCGCUUCCUCGCGCCUGAUAUGGCCGACUGCGUGGACAUGCUGUCACCACAAACGGUGAAGCAGAUAGUGUCGCGCAGCCUGUCGGUGUGCCGCGAGGGCUACACGGCGGCCACGUGGCGGCGCGGCGCGCUGCACGUGUGCUGCGUGUGGUGGUGGGAGCGGCGCGGCGCGGCGCUCCGGCCCGCCUGCCCGCCGCACCCCGCCGCCGUGCGGGCGCUGCCGCCGCCCGGAGAUAUACGGGGGGCUUUCUACAGGCAACUAACGGAACUAUCGUUCCCCGGGGACACGGGAGUCAGCCUGAAGGAGUUAAUUUGCGUGCACCUCGGGCUGCUGCCGGCCGCCACGGCCGUGCAGCAAGCGCGGCGCCUGGCGCACGCCGUGCUCGAACUCGCGCACGACAACCCCGCUGCUGCGACACUGCUAUAGAACUGCAGUUACAAUAAUACUUAUAAAAAUAUAAUAAAAGACACAAAGAUCUAAUUAACAAACUUCUACCCAGGAUCCCUCUGAAUAAUGGAGAACUGGAUCCCUCUGGGUAAUGGAGAACUUGACAUUACGUUGAGUGAGCCAUUUUAACAGAGGGCAAAAUUAUUUUUUUUGUUGUGGAGAUGUAUCAAGGAGCGUUACUCUUUGCGAGAUGACAGCUCUUUGAAGUUCCCUAUGAGGUUGGCACUUUACAAUAAAGAAAAGCCGUAAUAAACGCGGUAGAAUAGGCAGUAACAGUAACAGAGAGAGUAAGGAAGAGCGAGAUGUUUUGGAGAGAAAAGAUAAGCUUAGUAAUUAUGGACAUGUGGCGAGGAUAAAUAUAAGCAGUUUGACUAAGGUGACAAAAUGACUUGACUAAAUUAUGAAAUAUUUUUUAUGAGUGUGGAUUAAUGGUUUAUUAAUAUAAACCUUUUAUUGGUAUUAGGAGCAGCUCCCUAUGUUUUCUUGCCAAAAAUACAAGUUUAAGUAAAUAGAGAAUUUAAGUAGAAAUGUAUAAAGAUUUUUGUUUUCUUUUUUUGCUCAAAUUCCGUCAGGAUCUCGAUUAAAAAUAACAAUAUUUUCCACAGAUAUUUCCCUAUCUAGAUAAGUAUGUUCCGUAGGCGUAAGUACUUAUUAAAUGCUUAUAAUGAAUGAAGUUUGCUAUUUAUAUAUUUCAUCUAUAUCUAUAUUUGCACUGAAAUACAGUUAUAUUUUUUUUUAUUUUAUAUUUUAUUGUAUUUGUUAAGUAUGGUUAAAUUACUAAUUUAUUGUCAUAUUGUUAAUAAUGUUUGUACAUUAUGUUAAGAAAAUUGUAAUUAACAAAUAAUAAAAAAAAACCUUUAUUUUAAA